AUGCCCCCCCCCCAAGAUCCAGUCGCUGGUUGCUAUGGCACUAUUCAAGAGGGAGGGUGGCAAUUCGGGUGUGGAGUUUGUUGCGGCCUGACAUCCGAGCUAGUCGUCCAGGCGGGCGAGUGUGAUUCUCCGACCUUCCGGCGGGUGAUCACAUUGCUGGGAGGCCUGAACUUUACAAUGGACCUCUCUAUCCUCGUGAUGUCGAGACCAUCUGCCUUCUGGGUGGCUGCAGGAGGGAAGAGGACACACAAAAUGGCUUUUUUACAAGUAUUCAGAUCUGCUGAUGUCCAAUGUAACCAACCUACUCUUUAUUGUGAUGGUGACGAGACCUCUUGGGUGGUCACUAAGUCGUGCCGACCGAUCUGGCAGGCCAGUCCUUGUCUCAGACUGCACAAACAUAAUGCAAAGCCGACAACUGUAUGUAUUCCCAUUGCUGCGGUGCCAGCAGCUCCAGUCAGGCGCGUGUAG